AUAAAGCGAGUCAUAUGUUUUCCGUCCCCAACGCCCGCCAUUCUUCCCCCUCCAAAUUUAUAUCGUGCAUCUUUCACUGCUUCUUUCCUUCUCUUUUCAAUCAUCAAUGUCCGGAACUAUUAGAAGCUAAAAUUUAACGGAAUUCUCUUCUAGUUCCUCUUUUGCCUUUACAUUUCCGUUUAUAGGGUUUCUUUUGCUCCUAAUCCUCUCUGAUUUUCGUUUCUUUCUACAUUUAUCUGCUUUUUUAUUUUUUGGUCUUUUAUUACGAGAUCUAAGACGAUGCCUGUGAAUUUGACGCCGAACGCGAUAGCGCUGAUAAACGGCGGCGAUGUAAACAUGAAACCGCUGGUUCAGGUUCUGGAUAUAAAACAGAUAGGUAGCGCGCAGGAGAGGUAUCGCUUCCUCAUUUCCGAUUCCGUCUCCACUCAGCACGCUAUGCUCGCUACUCAGCUUAACGACCGAGUUAGGAACGGCCUCGUCAAGAAAGGAUCUGUUAUUCAAUUGAUAGAUUAUAUUUGCAGCGAAGUUCAAAAGCGCAAAAUUAUCGUUGUGCUGAACUUGGAAACUAUAGUGCCAGAGUGUGAAAUACUUGGAAAUCCAAAAUUGUUUACUGAUAAAAUUUCCCAGAAGGCAUUACCUGAUGGAAACUCAGUGCAGUCAACUGGGGUUGGUUAUAACAACCCAAUUGCCAAAACUCAAGGCAAUAAUAUGCAGAGUUUCCAGCCCCCUUUAGUUGCCCAAAAUAAUAGUAACCUACCUGCUCCUACUUCUCGAAGUCGUGGCAAUAAUCUGCAAAGUUCCCGAUCCACUAUGAGUGCCCAAAAUCAUGGUAAUAACGUGCAGAGUUUCCAACCAACUGUUCAACCUGCAUACCGACCACCUCCGAACUAUAGAAAUCAUGGUGCUAUUAUGAAAAAUGAGGCACCUGCUCGCAUCAUUCCAAUUGCUGCUUUGAAUCCUUAUCAGGGUAGAUGGGCUAUCAAGGCUAGAGUAACUGCAAAAGGGGAUCUCCGUCGCUACAACAAUGCUCGAGGAGAUGGAAAAGUCUUUUCGUUUGACCUUCUUGACUCUGAUGGAGGUGAAAUACGGGUAACCUGCUUCAAUGCUGUUGUUGACCGUUUUUAUGAUGUUAUUGAGGUUGGCAGAGUCUAUUUGGUUUCAAAGGGUAACUUAAAACCUGCACAGAAGAAUUUCAACCAUUUGAAGAAUGAAUGGGAGAUAUUUUUGGAGGCAACUUCUACCGUGGAUCUUUGUACUGAGGAAGAUGGUUCUAUACCACAACAGCAAUUCUCCUUCAAACCCAUUAGUGAAAUCGAGAAUGCAGAAAACAAUUCCAUAUUUGAUGUUAUUGGUAUUGUGACAUCUGUUAAUCCUUCAGUUCCUAUCUUGAGAAAGAAUGGUAUGGAAACUCAGAGAAGAAUUCUGAAUCUGAAGGAUGGUUCUGGCAGGAGUGUUGAGUUGACCCUUUGGGGAGAUUUCUGCAAUAAGGAAGGUCAAAAGCUGCAAGAAAUUGUUGAUUCUGGGGUUUUUCCAGUUUUAGCUGUCAAAGCAGGUAAGGUUAGUGAUUUCAGUGGCAAAUCCUUGGGGACAAUCUCUUCGACACAGCUUUUCAUCAAUCCAGAUAUUCCCGAGGCCUAUAGUGUGAAGGACUGGUUUGAUCGAGGGGGGCAAAAUGCAACUUCUGUGUCCAUUUCUAGAGACAUUAUGCCAGGUGCUCCCAAGAAUGAGAUACGUAAAACUGUAUCUCAGAUCAAGGAUGAAGGUCUUGGAAGAUCAGAUAAGCCGGACUGGGUCACAGUGAGUGCAAGAAUAACUUUUGUAAAGACAGAUACAUUCUGUUAUACGGCUUGCCCAUUGAUGAUUGGAGAUAGACAGUGUAAUAAGAAAGUGACAAGGUCGGGAAACUCGAGAUGGCAAUGUGAUAGAUGCAAUCAAGAAUUUGAUGAGUGCGAUUACAGGUAUCUUCUUCAGGCUCAGAUUCAAGACCAUACAGGAAUAACAUGGGUAACAGCUUUUCAGGAAUCGGGGGAACAGAUAUUGGGUUACCCAGCAAAGGAAAUGUACUUGUUGAAAAAUGAAUUGCAGGACGAAACCAGAUUUGCAGAUAUACUUCGGAGCAUACUCUUUGAGCAGUAUCUCUUCAGGCUUAAGAUCAAAGAGGAAAUGUAUGGUGAUGAACAGAGGGUUAAGAUCACGGUUGUUAAGGCAGACAAGGUGGACUAUUCUUCAGAGAGCAGAUAUCUACUUGAUUUGAUUUCGAAACAUCCUAGAUAUUGAAUAUUCUGAAUCAGAAGUAACUAAUUUUAGAUCCAGUAGCUUUGGUUCUUUGAAAUUCAUUAUUUGAUGAGAUUUCAUGUUACUGAUUAAAUCAACAUUGUCAGAGAUAUACAUUUGUUGGCACCCUUCAAUUAAUGUGGUGUAAUCACUUGUAAAGUGCAUUGAAAUUGAAAUUCAUAUUUUUCUGGCAUCGUAGUUUCGUUGCCUAAUUGCUGAA